AUGUCCUUACCCCUCAGGCCAUGCCUCGGUCGCGCGCUGGGACAGACCGGGCGCCCGGCUAUCGGCAGACGACGCCUCACCAGUGCGUCCGGUGCCGCGAGCCAGAUGAUGCGUGACUUCGCGGGCCAGUCCAUAUCUCGGCGACAGGUCCUCGACGGAAACCAAUUGCAGAGGCUCAGUCUCACACUGAACCGCCGCAGUCUGCAUCCCGAACUUGAUGUAGCCAUAGAAGCACCACCUCCGGGUACGCCCAUCCCACCGGGUUAUCAUCUCGUGUACUUCACGCCGACAGGCGUCGAGAGCGAGCUGGGCCCCGACGGCACGGACAGUACAUUCAAUGCGCCGUCCCCGUUCACUCGCCGCAUGUGGGCUGGCGGGCGCAUGAAGUGGACGAAGGAUUGCCCGCUGCUCGUGGGCCAAGAAGCCGAGGAGCGCACGCGGUUGCUGAAUGCCGUGGCCAAGAGGAGUCGCGAUGGCAGUGAGAUGGUGUUGGUGGAGGUAGAGAAACAGUUCUGGAACGAGAAGGGGCUUGCUCUGGUUGAUCAGAGGUCCUGGAUCUUUCGCCCGGAGUCUGUUGUGGCAGCCGCUGCAUCCGAAGCCCCGCUGCGCGACGCCGUGGUCGCAGGCCCGUCAACGAUAGAGGACGUCAAGACUAGUGACGAAAGCUACCCUGUCAGACUGCUACGAUGGUCGCCUGUAGGGCUUUUUCGGUUCUCGGCGUUGACUUUCAACGGCCACAAGAUCCACUAUGAUCCAACGCAAGGAAUAUUGCAUAAGACAGAAAUCGUGAAGCAGUACACCCGAUUUUGGGAAGAGCCCAGUGCCGUGUCAGUCUCAUGGCUCGGCCUCUUGUUCAGCAUACUCUGUCUCGCAACCCAGUUUCACCCUUCGGGGCUCGUGAUACCGAACAACAGCACGUGUCCGACGGAAUAUUCGAUUCAAUAUUACAGAGAGAAGGUCGUGCAGUCUCUGGUGCUCGCACAGUACAGCAAAGGGGGUCUGUUCGUGGUCGAAACUCUGAUCCACUACCUCGCCAUUGAGCAAUAUCUGCGGCGUGAUACUGAGAUCGAGGUCUGGCUUGUGCUGGGGGUAGCCGUCCAGUCUGCAAUACGCAUGGGGUAUCACCGAGAUCCAAGUCACUUCCGGAACAUCUCAGUGUACGAUGGGGAAAUGCGACGACGAGUAUGGGCGGCACUCUACCAUCUCGAUGCGACCGUCUCUACUCAAAUGGGCAUGCCGAGGGUCAUCAAGGAUUCCAUCGUCGAUACGCAUGAGCCUCACAACCUAUUGGAUACCGACUUUGACGCGAACACAACCUCCAUGCCCCAACCGCGUCCUGCCGGGGAGAUGACGCCGAUGCUGCCUUACAUCGCGUCGUCUAGGUUGAUGCGGGUGUUUGGUGUCGUGUCAGACUUGGUCACGAAUCCCCGGCUGCCUUCCUAUGCGGAAGUGACACGAAUUGACGCGAAGCUGAACGAGGUCAAUGCGAAUAUGGCAAAGUCUCGUCAAUUCCGGCCGUUAUCCGAAUCCAUUGCCGAUCCGCCGCAGUUGAUCUUCCUGCGAAUAGUACUCCAGCUGGUCUACCUCAAAUCCCAGAUCCUCCUGCACCAAAAAUUCCUCGCGCCCUCCAAAGCCUCGAGUCGAUACGGAUACUCCCGGAAGAUCACGGUGCGGGCAGCUUUGCAGAUCCUGCGGUUCCAACACCUCAUCGACGAGGAACGUAAGCCGACAGGGCGACUUGAGGCCAUCAAGUGGAUGCCCUCGUCACUGAUAAACCACGAGUUCCUUGGCGAGCAGCGUGCUCUGCUUCUGUGUGCAGCAUGA